UUGUGCAAACUCCUUAUAAGAAAGGAAGAAAAGAAACCCUUCAAGGACCUAGCACGGAGUUGACUGGGAAUGGGAGAUGCUGGACACUAUAGUCCCUGCUCUACAGCACCUGGACAGGCAGGUUCUGCCCACGCUGCCCUCGCUGAGCCAGGGAGAAGUUGCUACUAUCUGGGAGAAUGUGUCAGAAUUUGUGGAACGGCAGCUAACCCUGCACAAGGGGGUUCAUAUUCCAGGAUUUGGAACUUUUACUUUCACAAGACAAAAGAUUGAUGUGGGAAACAAGUUUAUUCUAAUCCAGAGGCCCGUGUUUAUCAUGACGGAAAAGUUAGUGCAGAUCCAUGGACUCAAACAAAACAAAGUAUAUACUCCUGGUGAUAUCCCAGUUGUUCCACUUAAUUUUGUCAUGAUAUCCCUGGAAAGUCCAUUUAACAGGGAUGUAGUGGAAGGAUGUGUGAAGGAGACGUUGCUUUUUUUAUCACGAUCCAUUUCCACCAAACAGAAUGUGGAGUUUAUGUUCAAAGGAAUUGGGGUCCUCAUGAUCAAAGAUGGCAAAGUGAAGAUGAGAUUCUAUAAGGACUUCCUUUGUGCCAUGGAUGGAAGUGGGGCUUUGGCAAAAGCCCUAGCAAAUAGGCCUGGCACUGUGGACUCCGUGUUAUCCUGCGGAGAGGCCUCUGGGAAGCGGCCCGGCAGUGUGCUUGCAUUUCCAAGGAUUGAGCUCAAGGAGAUGGAGAACAAACCACCUAUGGAGACCAUUGUAGAAGAAGAUGGAAAGAACAGACCGAGGAAGUUCAAGUUAAAAGACAAGCCAGACAAAGCAGGUGGUGUCAGAGAGAUCUCAUCACCCAAGAGACUUCAAGAUAGACAAAUUAUCUCCCCUGCCAAAGUGACAAACAACAACUUGCUGGACAAGUUUGAGCAAAGUGGGAAUGGUGGGAAGAUCAUGACCCCUCAAGGCGUAUCGUCUCCAGGUUGUCUGAAAAAUGACAAUGAAAUGAAGCCCAGAACAUCUCCAGCCCAGGCUUGCCAGGACCACAAUAGGGCAGGACAGGAAUUGUGCUAUGUAUGUUUGCAACGAGCACAACGAAAUUUCCCAUUGUACUACAGUGAGGAGAGGAGGAGGAGAGAGAUAGAAGAUGAGCGACUCAUAAUGCAGUAUCAGAUGUUGAAAGACCAGGAGGCCCUCCUCAAACACCAGAUGAAAAGUCUGGCUACUAGAGAGCAGAAUCAGAAAAAUGCUGCCUAUAAUCUUGGAGUUGCUGAAGCUAUGAGAAGCCAUAAGAAUGAGAAACCUGAAUUUUAUAAAUCCUUUCUAUUUGAUAAACGGCCACUCAGUCCUGAGCUUAUUGCUCUUAAGCAAGAGGAAUAUUCCCAGAGUCUCCUGAAACAAAUGGAUAACAGACGAGAAAAGGAAAUAAAGCAAAGACAGAACAGAGAGUUGAUGGACCGCCUAGAACAAGUGCAACUCACGGAGGAACUUGCUGCACAAAGAGCCAAAUAUUUAAAAGAUAAGAUGGAAGAAACACAGUGUUACAAGAGGGCUUUGGAUGCACAGAUAAGAAACAAACCCUCCCAGCUGCCCAUGUUUGAGCCAGACUCCUCCGAGCCCAUCUUUGGUAAGAGUGAGGGUGAGCUGAUGGUAGACAAGCGAAAGCGAGAACAGAAUUAUAUGAAACACCAGCUGGAGACAGCUGCUGGCCACAAGAGGAAAGCCAUCCUGCACCAACUGGUGGAGCAGAGGCGGGAUCUGCAGAUGCUUAAGAGGACACAAAGAGAGCACUUGGCAGACAGAGCUGCUGAGCUGGAGCGAGUGAACAGAAUCAACCAAGGCUUACAGGAGGAUUGGGAAAGGAGUGCUGCAAUGAAGAAGCAGCGGGACAUGGAGGAGAAGGAUUUUGAGCGGGCCUCAGACAAGCUGUUCCUCCUGGACCAGUGCGAGAAGUACCGGCGCUGCAGGCAGUGCCAGAGGCGCACCUCCAACGUGGGCCAGAGCCACCUGUGGCCCCAGAACAAGUUCCUGCGCGGCUCCCGGCUGCUUCUGUAAAACUCAGAGUUUGGAUCUGCGUUGCCUGGGGAAAUUUCUUUUUUUUUUUUUUUUUUUGUUAAUCUGUUACAUAUUUUGGGUGAUUAUGAGACUGCUUAUUUGUACCUCAGAGGAAAAAAGAAAUCAUUGUUCGGGUUUCGUGCUUUCAGUAGGUAGCUUUUUAACCCUCAUCGAAUUCAAGUCGGCAGGGCCCCCCUCUUGCCUUUCUCCCUCCCUCAUUUACUCCCCCAGCUUGUCUCUGAUGGCAGCGAAGGUGUCUGACUGGUCCUGAGGACUAGAACCUCCUGCCACAGGGGCUGGACACUGGACCAGCUUCAUUCCGGCUGCUGGGGUGCUGCUGACCCGGCCCUGCUACACUCUCUAACUUUGUGUACAGAACUCCAUCUUUUUUUCAUCUAUAAUGAAUAAUGUCGUCAUAAAUGUUUUCUAAGCACCUGACUGUGCAUAACAGUUCAUAACAGCACAUUUUACCCACCCCCUUCCCCAACCCUAGACUCGUCCAGAGGCCUGUACGUGUGGCCCUCACAGAGGCAGAUGCGGCUAUUUACCGCAGGAGGGUCAGAGCAACGCUUCCUUCAUUUCCUAAUUGACACACCUGGGACUUUCUUGGGCCCCAGGGGAUAUCGUUUGCUUGGUGACCUCCCGAUCAACCAUUCCACUGUCCAGCCAUUUCUAACCCCCAUCACAUGAGCAUUUUGGGAAUAAGUGCGCAUUGUGAAGGGAGUCUCCUUGGCUGGGUGGGUGCCAUCUCCUCCCACUGCUUCACUUGCAUCCAUUCUUGAGCUGUUGAAGAGGACUUCCCUGUCACUUCUGGGUGUUCUCAACCAAAGACUUUCUUCAUUUAUCUUCACCCUUUACCUCCUCUCCCUGCCCUAUCUGACCACUUCAGACAAAACAAAGUAGAGUGAAGCCUAGAUUUCUGAAAUUCAAAAGCUAGGAAGAAAGUCUUUUAGACUGUUUGCUUUCUGCCUGCCACACCUCUCCUUUAGAAGAUGAGCAAGGGUACACGUGGGGAGACAUUUGUGAAUAUGUAAGCAUUUGUUUGCCCGACUGAAAAUACAAAAUAGGAAUGUGUUGAGCCCUGAAUAGUUAUGGGGAAAAUAUUCACUUAAGCUGGUAUUGGACAAAUUUUGUUGCUAAUGUGUUUUUCUAUGGAAACGAGCAUACCUGCUGAUGAUUGCAAUCUUUGGAACCUCUUCUCCAACCUUUCUACAUUUCUGCCUCCUUCCAUUUCUUCAGAAAAUUACUCCAUGAAUGGCCAAUCUUCAUCAAAAGCAAUAGCCUUUCCCCAGGACUGUCUGACCUGCCUGAAUCCAUACCUACUGCACCCUUGGACUAUUUCUCUUUCUCUAAUGUAUAAUGCAUUACUAUAACAGUGUUGUAUUACUAUUUAAAAAAUAUAGACUUCCAUGCUAAAGUAAAAAAGUUAAGCAAUUUUGAUAUGUUCGAGUGAACAAAUUUUGUCAGCUUUUUUUUUAACUGGAGGAACUGAACUUAAAAUUUACUAUCAUGGGUAGCAGUACUGACUCUAAAAAUACUUUUUAAAUUAUAUAUUGAUAAAUUAUAGUUAUAUAUUUUUGGU